UUCACGGAUUGUUGCUUUGUUCUCUUAAGAUAAACAUGAGAGUAAACUUGAGACAGACCAUUUUUCUCUGUGGGAUUGUUCUUAUUUGCUCUACUAAAGCAGCUGGUCAAACAUGCAGGGGAAAGUGUGGAGACAUAUUGGAGGAAUGCUCCUGCCAUGCAACCUGUGCGUCUUUGCUGAACUGCUGUGCAGACUACAACCAGUCCUGUAUCCUGGUGACGCCUCACUCCAGCUCCAUGCUCGGUGGAAGAGCUCUCAGGAUCCUCAGUUUGGUCCUUCAUCCUAAUGGGCGACUUCUCUGCAGGUUUAAAGGUGAGAUUGUACGAGAGGGGUUUAUUGAUGCUGAAGGCCACGCCCACUGUAUCUCUCCUUUAUUGUAUGAGACAGGUUGGAUACCAUUUGAUGUCUCGACCGACGGAAUCAAUUUUGACAGAUCUGGAGAGUACUUGUCAGUCCACCCCAGUAAAGCAGACCCUGCUUUCGAAGUCGCCCUCGUGAAUGCAACACAGUGGCAGUACUACCGAACAUCAAACACAGCAGGCCGACUCAAGAUGACGUGGAACAGUUCUUUGAUUGGAGCAGAUAAGGUCAACAUAGAGCUGUGGGGUUACAGAGAGUUCAACGGGAGCACAGAGGCGGGGAUGAAUGGAUCAUCCUCUCUGCGGGCAGAGCUGAGCUACCUGUACUCUCUGGGCAGGGAUCUGGUCAACACUGGUGCCUUCAGCUUCACCCCCGAGUGCUCAAAGGACUACUCUGACUGGGAGUUGGGGAAUAUACGCAUUACUGCCAGUUCUAAGUCAGAUGGAGCAAGUCCUAUGCUUGGAUCAGGACAGAAGUGCUGCUACGACAGCACUGGUGCCCUGGUGCUGACGGGAGACUCGACAGGUGGCAGCACCCCAGACAGGGCUCACGAUUGGGGCUCCCCUCCAUACAGGGAACCACCGCGGGUGCCAGGGUACUCCCACUGGCUUUAUGAUGUCAUGAGUUUCUACUACUGCUGCCUUUGGUCUGACCACUGCCACAUCUACCUCAGCCAGCGGCCUUCCAGCGGAUGUCGCAACUACCAGCCCCCAAAAGCUGGUGUUGUCUUUGGGGAUCCACAUUUCAUAACGUUCGACAGCCUGAGCUACACUUUCAAUGGCAAAGGAGAGUACUACCUUUUGUCUUCGCCAGACAGAGAGCUGAGUGUUCAGGCCAGAACAGAACGGCUGAAACUCAAGAAUAGUACCUUGGCCAGAGCCACAAGGCUGUCAUCAGUGGCUAUGAGGGAGAAGACCUCUGAUGUCAUCGAGGUGCGUCUAGCAGAGGAUCGCCUUCAGGUGCUGAGGAACCAAAAGGUCCUGCCUCUCACCGAGCAGAGAUGGAUGGACCUACACAGAGCGUUUGUUUUCGUCCCCAGUCCUCAGAAUGUGACAGUAAUGUUCCUCUCUGGUGUUGGCGUGGAGGUGCGUGUGCAUGAAGGAGUCAUGGCGGUAACUGUCCUGCUGCCAUCGGAGUUCACCAACCACACCCGGGGUCUCCUUGGUCGGAUGAACUCUGACCCAUCAGAUGACAUAUUGACCAAACAGGGAGAGGUCAUCUCCACAGCUGACGCCACGCCGGAGCAGAUCUUCACCUUUGGAGCUGGCUGGAAUAUUUCAAAGACGUUUUCCCUUUUCACAUACGACUCAAAGUACCUUUUGGAUACUUACGGUUUCCCACAAAGCCACGACGCUGCUUUUGUUCCUGCCUUUUCUCUACCACCUGAGACACCUGAUGACCCUCUGGUGGCAGACAUGUUGACGACGUGCCGAGGAGAUGGGGCACAGUUCUGUAAAUUUGAUACCUUGACCACUCGGAGCCUGGCGGUGGGAAACGCCACACUCAGGGCCUACCAAAACCUCCAGGCCCUAAUGGAAGCCCUUCAGCCAGUGGUUUCUUGUGGUUGGCUUCCCACACCCAGCAAUGGGAAGAAGAAUGGGACAAAUUACCUAAAGGGGGACGCUCUGAGCUUCUCCUGCAGUGACGGCUACAUACUGUACGGUUCAACACAGCGCACCUGUCUGGAUGAUGGGACCUGGACAGGAGAGCAACCCUACUGUAUAACAGAAGAUAAAGUGGGGUUUGUACUCGGCGCUGUUGGUUCCCUCUCAGCACUGGUCACGAUGGGAGUAAUGAUCAAACUGCACAACAGGAAACAAGACAGAUUUGUCAGCGUGUCUCCAGAUCUCUGCAACUACCUGGAGAAAAACCUCAGCAAUGUUACAAUAAACAUUCCAGAGGGUGUCACCCACCCGGAGCCUAAUUAGAGACCUAGGAGGCCGAGCAGAAGACGGAUGACAGCUGUGUGUGUCAGCGGAGGAGUCGGGGCU